AAGAAAUGUAAAUGUUUUCCGAGAAACUGUCACAUACACGUAUAUAUUACUGUGAGGAGCCAACAACGUGUCAGCUCUUUUCUACAUAUCCGCCAUCGUGCUGCUGUUGUCUGCUGUCCAUGAUGUCUGACCGACGCUAUGGCUACUUCCGCUGCCCUAAGUGUAACGCCCACUGGGAGAGUUCCCAUGUUUACUGCCACGGUUUCAAGGCUGUGUACGAACAGGACUGCAAGUCGUGUAAAAUAGGCUGCCUCCCAUAUGGGGUAAAGAAGAUGAACUGUUCCGUGUGCAGUAGUGCAGCGUGCACAUGCACCACUGAAGACCGCAAGAAAAGGAAUAUUGAUGUAAUCAAACCUCACAGGUCUGACCUGUGUCACAAGUGCAGGUCUGGGAGACCGUGCAUAUACUGAGGGUGCAGCAUUGCACUGAAAGUUGACUGCCUACAGCACCAGACAUUAAGGAUUGCCUAUCUCUCCAUAGAUAGAUGGUAAUAAUGAUGAUGAUGACGAAAAUUCUUUGAUAAUUGAAAUGUCUGACAAAACCUAAACACUAUCCUCCAGCUUGUGAGUUUUUAUGGGUUUCUUUAGAUGU